CUUAACACUCUUCUUUCCUUUUGGUGUUCUCUGAGAGAGAGAGGGGGGAGAGCGAGAGAGAGAAGAGGGCGGCCUCCUCGGAGGAGAAAAUUAAGAAAACCCCAUGUCAAGAUUUCACAAAUCCGAUGAUCUAAAAUUACAAAUAAUCACUGUUUAGACAGAGAGGUUCUGUCACCGUAUUGGUCAAGUACGGUUUGCAGGGGAUCACUUUUGGGUAGGCGUCUUCAAUUGCCAACAGAUCUUUUGGACUUGUGUGUUCAGGUUGAACUUGUGUUGGGGCAGUUUGUUUAACUUUUUCCUUUGAAGCAUUAGAAGAAUUUAGUUGAUUCCAUUUGAAAAUCUGGUAUUUGGGUAACUUGGGACGAUCGUUGAACUAUUUGCAAACUGGAGAUGAGUGAAGGACAUGGUUAACACAAUAGGGAGUUGUUUCUGGUCAGUUCUAAGUUCUGAACAUCGUGAUCAGGAAUUAAGUGAAGGUUUCAUAGUAGUAGAGUGGUUUCAGUCGGCCUGGUUUACGUGCAAUGUCUCGCUGCUUUCCAUUCCCUCCUCCGGGGUAUGAGAGAAAGCCUAGACCAGAUGAUGAGAAUUUGCUAGAGAAGGAAAAGCGGAAGGAGAGAAAGCAUAAGAAGGAAAAGAAAGAUAAGAACAAGAAAGAUAGGAAGGAAAAGAAAGACAAAGAGGGUAAGCAAAAGAAGGAGAAGGAGAAUAGUGAAGACAAGCAUAGGGAAAGGAAAGACAGAAAGGAAAGGCACAAACACAAGAAAGAUAAGAAAAAGGAAAAAGAAAAGAAGAGGGCUUCUGAAGAUAAAAUUUCUACAGGGCCACCAGAAUGUAGCACCGUCGACAAUCCUGGUUCUGGCUGCACACAAAGUGAUGAGACUAGUGACAUUAAAUUUUUGGUGGAACUGGGUAAGAGAACUAGAGAUGAUGAAAAAGCUACAGAGAAUCUUAUGGUUAAGAAAAUUAAUCUCACUGGUAAAAUUUGUUCUGAAUAUCCGGAAAAGAUGCGUGUGGGCAAGAAUGGGAAUUCUGAUGGUAAUGCAAUGCUCACAGAGAAAAGAACAAAUGAUACGCAAUAUCAUGGGCAAAGUAACAACAAUGAUGCGAGAUGUACUGAAAAUGGUAUUGUUCAAAAAAUUGUUUUGGGUCAGCAAAGAAAGGUUGAGGGAGUGGCUGGAUUGGUUGGCAACAAUGUUGAGAAGAGAAUGGUACACAACAAGAUUGAUGAGCAUAUAGGUUCUAAAAGUAGAGGAGGUAGAAGUAAUGAAAAAGAUCGUGAUGGAAAAAUAAAGUCGGGCGCAGCAAGGAAUAGUGAGAAGGAACCAAACAAGGAGCAGUUGCUAGUAGCUAGAGAAAAGAGUGGACAGGCAGCCUGCAAUAAUAGUAAUACUGGAAUAUCACCUCUUCCAAACGAGGGCAACAAGAAUUUCAACCUCGGAAAGAGGAAGGAACUGAGAAUAAAUAAAUUUCUGCAUGAUGAUGAGAUUCGGCCUUCUAAGUUGCAAAGACCUCUCUCUUGUGCCAAAGAAGCUGUAGAAGAUGGAAAUUAUUUGAAACUUUCAAAGGCCUUAACCAAAUCAGUGCCAGAGUUGGCAGGGAUGGUCAAUAACCAUAAAUUGAAUAGUAAGCAACCAUCCUCCCACCGGACAACAGAGGAUAGAUCUAAAUCUAAGGCAACCUCUUCUGCUAUCCAGUUUGCCUCUCUGGGGCAACAGACAGGUGAUAAUCACAAGGUGGAUAAUAGUCUUGCAUCCUCUCAUUACACUUUGGAAAAUGGAAGGACAUUAGAAACAUUAAAAGCUGCUUCCCUGUCUGCCUCUGAAUGCUUCAGAAGUAGCAUUAACCACAAAGUGGAUGAUAAAGUGGGGUCGGCUCGUCCAGUCCUUGAAAAUGGAGUAGUUCACAAAGCUGCUACCCUCACAGCACUAAAAGAACAUGAGGCGAUUGGUCACUCAAAGGUUGAUAAUAAAGUGAAUAAUAAUGUUCCAUUGUCUCAUUCUACUUCAAUCAAUGGAAGGAUAUUAGAAACAUCAAAAGCUGGUUCCCUGCCAGCUUCUGAAUGCUACAGAAGUAGCAUUAAGCCCAAGGUGGAUGCCAAAGUAGGUGUGGCUCAUCCAGUCCUGGAAAAUGGAGUAGUUCACGGAGCUGCUACCCCCACAGCAGUUGGAGGACAUGAGUCAAUUGAUCAUUCAAGGUUUGAUAGCAAGGAACACAAACCUAAUGGCUUGGUAAAGGAUAAAAGGGCAAAUGGUUCCUCAACAAGGCCAUCAUCUUCUACAGCUAAGCAGAUUGUUGGAGAAUAUCCAAAACCUCCCCAUCCUGAUUCCAAGUAUCUGAGUAAGAUACUUGCUAUUCCCAGUAUUGAGUGGUCAGGUUUCGAAGAACAAGAAUGGCUUUUGGGCAGCAAUAGUGAAAGUACCAAAGAAAAUCCCAGUUCUUCUCAGUUGAAGGAGUCAAAGCAGGUGUGGGACAAAGCUCUUCAGUUAGAAUCUGCUGAUAUCACUGCCCUGCCCUAUGUCAUUCCGUACUAGUUGAUAUUACUUCUCCUUCUGUUCAUUUUCUGGAAGUUACGAAGAGUAGGCCAAGGAAAAACAAAACAUUCAUCUGGGCAUUUCCUUUACAUUGUUAUACCAGGAUCAUCAUUUCUUCGAUGUUACAAAAAUAGCUUGCGUGUAUCUUGUGUAAACCCUUCUUAUUCUUCCUGGUGGAAUCGUGACAUAUGGACACUGGAUAUCUACAUGCUACUCGACAAAGGCUUGUUCCAUCAAUUCCCACAUUUGUGCUGGGACUUCAGUUAGUGAAGUGUUUUCAAAUGUAGAUUUGUUGUCCUUGUGGAGUUCUGAGGGUGGAGUAAAACAUGGAGAGCAGUAACUAGACCAAAGAAUCAUCUGUCGACUGGCACCAGUCAGGAUUAGGAAACUUGAUGAAUGCUGCAAACCGCAAGGUCUCAAGUGAUCUAGAAAUUAUCAUCUUUGUAACGGGUUAGUAUAUAGUGUUGUACGUGGAGGAGAUGGUCUCUACCGCACCAUGAUCUUCCAUUUUUGAGGGGUAAGUUAUAGAUGUAAUGUGCAUGGAAUGUGCAAUAGAAUUAUAGAAGAGAAUAGAAAAGAGGCAGCCUUGUUUUAGCAAACACACCUCUCCUCUCCAUCUGGGAAUCAGGAAUUUGAAAUUUUAUAAUGUGGAGAAAAAUAUUACAAGUUAUAUCUCAACUUAAUUUUUUUUGUUGGACAAUA